AAAAAAACAAACAAACUUAAGUUCAAUAUUUAACUCACAUUUGAACGUGUUGCCAUCAGAUAAAAGACAUGGCAUUAAUAGAAGAUUGGCCAAUAGUUGUGGAUAAUGGAGCUGGACAUUUAAAAGCUGGUUAUGCUGGAGAUGGUGGACCAAGAAUUCUUAUUCCAAUGUUAAUAGGUAGACCAACAAAAUGUUCAAAAUAUACAGACUGGUUUGUUGGUGAACAUGCAAAUGUUCUUCGAAAUGAACUGAUUCUUAAUUGCCCUAUUGCCAAUGGAAUUGUAACGGAUAUUGACGGGUUAUCAUUAGUUUGGUAUUAUAUGUUUAUGAAGGAACUACGUACAAAUCCGGAAAACCAUCCAGUUCUUAUAAGUGAAUAUCCUUUAUUGCCUAAAUUCAACAGAGAAAAAUUAGCAGAAAUGGUUUUUGAGAAAUUUCAUAUGCCUGGUUUAUUCUUCACAGAUCAAUCUGCACUUGCUCUGUACGCGUAUGGGCUAACAUCCGGUUUGGUUGUUGAUGUUGGUACAGAAAUGUCUAAUAUUACACCGGUUAAUAAUACAAUUUUUAUACCGAAUGCUUUAAGGCGUCAAAAUCUCGGUGGAUCUCAUGUAACUGAAUUAUUUCGAUAUAUGCUAGCCAAAGAACAUCCUGUUGCAGCCACAUCUAUCUCACGUGAUUUUGCACGGCUUUUAAAAGAAAAAUUUUGUUUUAUUUCAUUGAAUCCAGAUGAUGAAAGAAAACAAAUCAAUCCCACUUCAAAUGCACAAAAUGUACAUCAAACACCAGAUGGUCAUAUUAUAAGUUUGACUAAGGAAAGAUUUAUGGCACCUGAAUUAUUAUUUUAUCCAAGACAAGCAGGUUUAAGUGGUACAACUGGACUACAAAAUAUCGUUAAUGAAUCUAUUCAAAAAUGUUCAGCUGAUUUACAUCCAACAUUAUAUUCAAACAUUGUAUUAAGUGGUGGUAGUACAUUAUUUCCUGGAUUUUCACAACGUUUAGAAAAUGAAUUGAACGCGUUGAACUCACCAGUAAAUCAAAGAAUAUUUGUACAUAGAAAACAAAAUGAUCAAAAAUAUGCUGUAUGGAUUGGUGGUUCCAUUUUAGCCUCAUUGAGUUCAUUUAAAGAAAUAUAUAUACAAAAGAAAGAAUAUGAAGAAUUUGGUGCAAGAAUUGUACAUACAAGAUAAAACCAUAUCAUAACUAUUCAUUAUUAUUACAUCAUUUAAUUAAAAGAAGAAAAAAUAUUGGGAUAAAAGUUUACAAGGAUUUAAGGAAAUAUGCAUUUUAUUCAUUGAACACUUAACUAAACAGGUACAAAUUCCCCCCCCCUCUCAUUCAUUAUGAUCUUAAUGAUAGUUUAUUUGGCUUAUAGUCAUAGGUAAUGAAAAUGUUCAUUUGUCCUUUAUUUUAU